CCCGUUCUUUCCUCCCUUUUCCUGUCCGUCCGAUUCAAGGCUACUCAGCAUCAAGGCCAGACUCACGGGUUGCAGCAAUCGCGGAACAAAAUAGAACACGAGGCUGCAACAGUCUACGUAUCGCUCUUGUCUGCAACUCAAGAAACGCAAAAACUAGAGAAAUAGCAAGAUGGACGCUGCAACACCGCCACAGACCAAUGACACGCAGCCAAUAGUUGAAGCAAACGACGGCGCCUUGCAACCGCAAGUAUCUGAGUGGUCACAGAAACUCAAGUCUGCAGAAGGCAACCCACAUGAUGAGUCAGCGUGGGACGCUCUGCUGGAUUUUGCUGAGGAGUCUGGCGACCUUGAAAAGAUUAAGGAGGCGUACGAGGCUCUGCUGCAAAAGUAUCCAAAUACUUCGUCCGCGCAAAUUUCGUACCUGAAUCAUUUCUUGGUCAAUCAGGCGACGUUCCCGUUUGCCGAAGCCCUGUUCGCUCGAUUCCUGAGAACCUCUGUCUCCGUCGACCUGUGGAAGUUCUACAUCAUCUACGUGAGGCGGUUGAAUGUCGGACCGGAGACGCGUGAUACCGUAGCAAAAGCAUACGAUUUUGCUCUUCAGCAUGUAGGACAAGAUAAAGACAGUGGCGAUAUAUGGGCAGAAUACAUUCAGUUUGUCAAAUCUGGCCCUGCAAACUCGACUUGGGAAGAACAGCAAAAAAUGGAUCAAUUGCGCAAGAUUUAUCAACGUGCUGUUCAAAUCCCGCUCGAGAAUGUUGAGACAUUAUGGAAGGACUACGAAGCAUUCGAAAACGGCUUGAACAAGAUAACUGCCAAGAAGUUCCUGCAAGAUCUGACACCGGCAUACAUGACAGCCCGAACAAAAUUGCGUGAGCUUCGCAAGCAUCUCGGCAUCCUCUUUGCCCCUCCACCAGGAACUGGCAGUGGCACCCGCUCACCACUCAACUUGCCACAUAAGCCCACGUAUAACUCAACAGAACGUCAAUUUGUCGGAGCAUGGAAACAAUACCUCAAGUGGGAAGAAAGCAAUCCAUUCGAGAUUGAAGAACGCUCUACGCUCAUUACCCGUGUCCAGGGUGUUUACCGCAAGGCAGUUGUCCGCAUGCGAUUCUUUAGCGAAAUCUGGUUCAUGGCAUAUUCAUGGACGAACAGUGUUGGUCGUACCGAUGAAGCGCUGCAAAUCCUCAAGGCUGGCAUUGAAGCAAACGCGACAAGCUUCGUCCUCAACUUUGCUCUGGCGGAGAACAUGGAACUCGCGAAGAACAAUGCCGAAGUGCAUGCGACGUUCACAAAGCUGUUACAAGGUGUGCUGCAAGAAAUCGAAGCACUGGACGCAAAGAUCACCGCCAAUUCCAACAGUUCGUCUUUCAUGGAAGCUCCUCCAGGUACGGCAAGUACGGUUGAACAGGGUACAGAGCAAACUGAAGCAGCGCCGCCGUUAAGUGCUGGUCUCAACAAAGAACACUCAAUGUCAGUUUCGUCCGCUUCCUCUUCCGAAGACGCAUCUCUCGCAACGCAGCUACGUGAGCGCAAGCAAGAGUAUGGACUCGUUUAUAUUUUGUACAUCCGUUUCGCGAUGCGUUCGGAAGGCCUCGAAGCAAGUCGCAUGGUGUUUCAAAAAGCAAGAAAAGACAAAUUCACUCCUUGGGAAGUGUUUGAAGCAGCCGCGCACAUGGAGUACCACGUUGCCAAGCAGCCAACGGUUGCUAACAGAAUUUUGAGCGUCGCAAUGAACAGGUUUUCGCAGGAGAUUGACUUUGUGGUGCGAUAUCUGACGUUCCUCAUGUCUGUGAAUGAUGAGAACAACGCACGUGCUUUGUUUGAACGCACCGUUGGAACUUUCCCUCCAGACAAAGCGCGCCCUCUGUGGGAGCGUUGGGCAAGGUACGAGUAUCAAUACGGUAAUCUAGAAGCAGCCUUGAAGCUCGAAAAACGUAUGGCUGAAGUCUAUCCAAAUGACCCUCCGAUCAAACGAUUUGCUCAGAGGCACCUCUAUGCAAACAUCGACGGUAUUGCCAACCGGGACCUGGGCGCCUCCCGAGCCCGAAAAGAGGCUAAAGACGCUUCCUCCCUUAGUCGUAGUGAUACCAUCCCUGCUAUCACUCUCGGAGUCCCUCCACCCUCCACCGGUACCUCGCAGAUUUAUAACAAUGGUGGGCAGGCAAGCUUUACCGUCAAACGCACCAUGUCUCCCGAACGUCUAGAUCGUGAACGAGAAAGAGAUCGUCUGCGACGUGAGGAAGUCCCGAAGCCUCCGCACAAGCGUCCACGUGAUGGGUCGCCUCCACUGACAAAAGACCGAUGGGGUGCUCCCUCCGGAAGUAGGAGAUAUGGAAGUCCCGCAUGGGGGGAUGAGGAGAGAGGAGAUAGAGGUAGAGUUGUUAGGAUUGAUAGGGAGAGGGAUCGAACGAGGUCGCCUGCAAGAAGGUAUGACCGGGACGAGCCAGCGAGGCCCGUUCUUCCGCAAAUCUUGAAUUGGUUUGUUAGCCAGCUGCCUCCGCCCAAUUCGUUUGAUGGUCCCGUAUUCCGCACAGAUGACCUUAUGCAACUAUUUCGCAACGCAGUCAUCCCAGGCUCAAAUACGAUGCGAGAACGGUCGCCACCGCCUCCUCCGCGUCCGACCCGUCCUCCACCAGACUAUGGACCUUAUCGUGGACCGAAUGGACGUGGAAGAUUCUAGAUUCUAUCCUCAGCGGCUAAUUUUGAAGCAAGAGGGUCGAGAAGCGUGGCACGAAGCCAGACUGCCACGUCCUACUAGCAAAAAGCAAAGGCAAACUGCUUCUCAACGCUCACUCAAAACACGCGCACGCAAAAGAAGUCGACCC